GAAGUUGUUUCAAAGAUGGCGGACUUCCUGCCUUCCAGCUCCAUUUUAUCUGUAUGUUUUCCUAGCUGUGUCCUCACAAGCGGCGAGGUGGAGCAGCUGCGGAAGUCGAAGGAGAUAGAUAAGUGUCUUCGUCGAGACAAGUUUUAUGUGAAAAGGCUCGUAAAGAUCUUACUACUCGGAGCGGGCGAGAGCGGCAAGUCCACUUUCCUCAAACAGAUGCGCAUUAUUCAUGGGCAGGACUUCGAUCAGAGGACCAAAGAGGAAUUCAGAGCUACAAUUUUUAGUAAUGUUAUUAAAGGCAUCAGGGUUUUGGUGGACGCUAGAGAAAAACUGCACAUCCCAUGGGGCGACCCAACAAACCAGAAGCACGGAGACAAAGUGAUGGGCUUUGACACUCGCUCAGCAAUGACCCACGGUCACGGCAUGGUGGAGACCAGAAUCUUUCAGCACUACUUACCUUCCAUUCGGGCUCUGUGGGCUGACCAAGGCAUCCAGAAUGCCUACGAUCGCCGCAGGGAGUUCCAGCUGGGCGAGUCGGUCAAGUAUUUCCUGGACAAUUUGGGAAAGCUCGGACAGUCG